CUUUCCUCCUCUCGCAGCAAAACCCUAGCUGUCGACCACCCCAGCUCGCCGCCGCCGCAGCGAGCUCCUCCCUCCACCACCGCAACCAUGGCGACCCAGAUCAGCAAGAAGAAGAAGUUUGUGAGCGACGGCGUGUUCUACGCCGAGCUGAACGAGAUGCUGACCCGGGAGCUGGCCGAGGACGGCUACUCCGGCGUGGAGGUGCGCGUGACCCCGAUGCGCACGGAGAUCAUCAUCCGGGCCACCAGGACCCAGAACGUGCUCGGCGAGAAGGGCCGCAGGAUCAGGGAGCUCACCUCCGUCGUCCAGAAGAGGUUCAACUUCCCCGAGAACGGCGUCGAGCUCUACGCCGAGAAGGUCGUCAACCGUGGCCUCUGCGCCAUCGCCCAGGCCGAGUCUCUCCGCUACAAGCUCCUCGGCGGCCUCGCCGUCCGCAGGGCUUGCUAUGGUGUUCUCCGCUUUGUUAUGGAGAGUGGUGCCAAGGGUUGUGAGGUCAUUGUGAGCGGCAAGCUCAGGGCUCAGAGGGCCAAGAGCAUGAAGUUCAAGGAUGGCUACAUGAUCUCAUCUGGUCAGCCAGUGAAUGAGUACAUCGAUGCUGCUGUGAGACACGUGCUUCUCAGACAGGGUGUUCUUGGUAUCAAGGUGAAGAUCAUGCUCGACUGGGAUCCCAAGGGCAAGCUUGGCCCGACCACCCCUCUGCCUGACCUUGUCACCAUCCACCCCCCGAAGGAGGAGGAUGAGCUUCGCCCUCCCACCCUGGUUGAGGUCUAAACACCCAAUCAUGAAAUGUUGCAUCUUUUUGGGGUCUUGGACAUGGCUGUCACUGUUCUCGGUCCUAGAUAGGUUUCUAUCCUUAUGAUAAGCAAGGGCUAUGCGACACUUUUAAUGGACAAAAGAUUCUAUGUAAUGGUGCUAUGUUAAUUUCGUUUAAAACUAAGUUUUGCCGAGACAAGUUACAUCCAUAUGUAUGCCAGAAGUCUUUGUUUGCUUAUCAGGCCUUGUUUGGCAGUUA